GCCUGUUUUCUUAAAUAAUUUCUCGACCCAUAGAAGCUGAAGCUGGCUAUUAUUUAAUUGGAAACUCCAAACAGGCUGGCUGGCUAUUAAUUAAUUGGAAACUCCAAACAGAGCUUCUGAGAUGGCCAGCCAAUUCCCAUAAAAGAGAAAAAAAAAAAAAAAAACCAAACAAAGCGCCUGACAUUCAGAAAACAGAGAAAAAUCCUUAUCAUAGAAUCCCGAGAGAAAUCAUGGGUCGUUCUUGCUUUCUGGUUUUUCUUCUUAUUUCAGGCGUUCUGGUGCUCUCCUUCGUCCACGGAUCUGAAAGGAAAGUGUUAAAAACUAGUGUGAAGUACGAAGAAAAAUCUUCAAGUGCUGCAGCAGUAUCCGUUGAGGGAAGUGCAGGAAAACCGAUGAGGACGAUGAUUGAUUUGAUGGAUUAUCCUCCUGCUCAGGCAAACAAUCGUUCUCCGCCUGCUCCUCCUCCUCCUCCUCCUCCUCCUCCUCCUUUUCAUCCUCCAGCCGCCUAGCAAGCUCCUCCGCGCAAGCCUAUAGCCAUGGUUGAUAUUUGGUGGUUUAUUUUUUUGGUUUGGUUAAUUAUAUAUAUAAAUUGAUAUAUAAAUGGUUUGAUCCACAACCUUAAUUAUAUAAAUAUAGUUAUCGUGACUGGAUUGUGAUGCCUGCUGUUCUUUGGCUGUAUUAUCUAGCUGGGGGCUUGAAAGAUUGUAGAAUUAGUAAAUUAAUGUGGACUGUGAUACCUUACAAUUAAGGUCUAAGGGAGUUCCAGCCAGAUUCUCCCCAGUCAAUGUAUUAGCCACUUCUGUUAUUCAUCAAUUGGGUAAGUCAGUUCCUUGCAUGAAAUUUAUGUCGAUAUAUAUA